GCUUUCGACGCGGUGGUACGGCAGGACAUUUGGCAAAGCUUGGAGGCGCUCGAAGUGCGGUGGGAUGCUUGUGCGAACUUGGAGGAGCUCCAUGAGGGCAUGUGCUACCUGUUCCGCGAUGUUACCACUCAUGUGCCUGUUGAUCGGAUUGGGGUCAAGCAAGGUGUGCGACAAGGAGGUGUUGAGAGUCCAGGCCUUUUUGUGGCGGUCUAUGAUGGGAUAGUUUAUCGGAUAAUGGACCAGCUACAACAGCAGGAGUAUCCAGCCAUCAAGGUGUACUUCGACCCCGCGCUCAAGAAUAUCAGGUGCAACGACAGCUUGAAAGAGGACGAGUGCGGGGCCUUGGACGUAUCCCAGUUGAAGUUCUUCGAUGAUCUGCUCACGUUCGCUGAUAUCGAGGAGUGCGACGCUGCAUCCACCAUCCUGGAGGUACUGACGGGCGAGACCAAGGCUGGCCGCGUGAGCGUUAACGGAAGGAAGACCGAGAUUUUGCUCGCGCAGUCGGGGGUUGGCAGCGAGAAAAGGUGGAAGCAUAUUCGCGCGCAAACUAAUGGCAUAGUGACGUGGGAAGAUGAUGACUAUUUUCCGUUGCGCCCGCAGCCGACGGUCAAGUACUUAGGGGUGCAGCUGGCGGCGACGGGCGCCCGCCACGUGGAGGUUGCGAACCGCAUCAGGGCAGCCAACUCUACUCACGCUCAACUGCUGCGCCGUGCGUUCAAGAGUGGGUUCAGUGCCAAGUUGAAGGUCGCACACCUCGCCAGGCGGGAGCUGAAUAAGUUGGAGAGCUGGCAGGUGAAGAAGCUUCGUGGGUCGUUGAAUUCGCCAGCCCACCUGUAUAAGAAGACCAACCGUGAGAUCAGGAAGCGGGCCCGCACUCCGACUGUUACGAGCGCGUUGUUAUUGAGAAGGUUGAGGUGGUGGCGACAAGUGUUGCGACCGGCCUUCAGGGAGCCCGGCGACGAUUUGCACGACCUGAGGGCGGUCAUCUUCGGUCGAUUCUCGUUCGAGCAGGCCGGCCAUGGGGGGCAGUCGGGCACGCUGACUCUGCUGCUGGACGACAUGCGGCAGAUGUGGCAGACUGCGGACGCGCAGGAGAAGCUCACUGCUCGUCGGCUCUUUCAGCUCCACGGCGACCUUCCUGAGCUGGCCGAGCCGUGGCUGCGCUG